AUGGACUCCAUUCUCGCUUCUUCUCCACUUCAAUUUCCCCACCGCCCUCUCUUCACUUCCAUUCGCCCCAUUCCUAUCCGCACACUCAUCUUCAACUCCCGUCGAACACCACGAACCCCACUCUCACUCCCUCCCAUCACCCUCAAUCCACCAAUCAUUUCUGCCGCCAGCUCCACCGCACUCACACCCUCUCCCAACCACGACGUUUUAUUGAAACACCUCGUUCGCGCACUCUUCUGCUUCGCCGUUGGUUUCUCCGCGCUCGGCGCAUUCCAUGCUCCUCCUCCCGCACUCGCAAUUGCUGUUCCCUGGAGUCUAUUCAGGAAGACAGGCGCCGAGAAAGAGAAAGAGAGAACUAAGAGUCACAAGUAUUCGGACUGCACCGAUGGGUUGUUGGAGACGGUGUCGUUUUUGUUGGGAGUCAUAGAUGGAGCUAGGAAAGGGAAUGGUGGCGCGAGCGAGGUCAAGGCGGCGUUGAAGGCCGUGAAAUCGAAGAAAAUAGAGAUGCGGAAAGCGAUUGACGGGAGGCUCUACCCGGCGUUGAGGAAGCUGAGGAAAGUAAAGAAGGCGUUGUGGAAACGGUCCGGGGAGAUUCUCGGCCAGAUAUUGAGGGCGACGGGGGAGUACGAUAGAUUGAAGUCGAAGGCGGUGGCCAAUGAGAAGGAGAAGGCAAGGAUGAAGGAGUUGGAGGAGACUGUGGGAGGGAUGGAGAAUGAGUACAAUGGGUUGUGGGAGAGAAUUGGGGAUAUCGAGGACCAGAUUUCGAGGGAGGAGACUGUGGCGUUGAGUUAUGGAGUGAGGGAAAUCAAUUUCAUAGAGAGGGAGUGUGAGCAGCUGGUGGAGAGGUUUAAACAGGAAAUUAGACGCAAGGACUUCGAAAGUUUGUCUACUGGAUCAGUUACCAGGCUCUCAAAAUCUGUCAUUCAAAAAGAUUUGGAAACUGUGCAUAGAAAACAGGCAGAACAAAUAAUUCUUCCUAGCAUUUUAGAUGUUGAAGAUCUUGGGCCAUUCUUUCACCAAGACUCUAUUGAUUUUGCCCAACGUUUAAAAAGAGUUCUUAAAGAUUCCAGGGAGAAGCAAAGGAAUUUAGAGGCUCAGAUAAGAAAAAAAAUGAAAAAGUUUGGCAAGGAAAAGCGCAGUAUUAUUUACUCACCAGAGGAAGAUGUGGUUAAGGGUUUCCCUGAAGUUGAGAUGAAGUGGAUGUUUGGAAAUAAGGAGGUUGUGCUUCCCAAAGCUGUUGGUCUCCAUCUGUACCAUGGUUGGAAGAAAUGGCGGGAAGAAGCUAAGGCAAAUUUAAAACAGAAUUUAAUAAAAGAUGCUGAGUUUGGCAGACAAUAUGUGGCUGAAAGACAGGAACGAAUUCUUUUGGACCGAGAUAGAGUAGUUUCAAGAACCUGGUACAAUGAAGAGAAGAAGAGAUGGGAGAUGGAUCCAGUGGCUGUGCCUUAUGCUGUCUCAAAAAAGCUAAUAGAGUAUGUUCGCAUUAGGCAUGAUUGGGGUGCCAUGUAUAUCACAUUAAAGGGGGAGGACAAAGAAUUUUAUGUAGACAUAAAGGUUGUAGCUGAAUUUGAAAUGCUUUUUGAUGAUUUGGGGGGAUUUGAUGGACUGUAUAUGAAAAUGCUUGCCUGUGGUAUUCCAACAGCGGUUCAUUUAAUGUGGAUUCCAUUAUCUGAAUUGAGUAUCCGCCAACAAUUUCUCUUGAUAUUUAGAGUGUCUCAGGGAAUUUUAAGUGGGUUAUGGAAUACUGGAGUUGUCACAAAUGCCAAAAAUAGGAUCUUUACAGAAAUUAAGGAUACAACUGAUGACAUAAUGGUGGUGAUAGUAUUUCCUAUUGUGGAAUUUUUAAUCCCUUACCCGGUGAGGAUACAGUUGGGGAUGGCUUGGCCAGAGGAAAUAUAUCAGACAGUUGACACCACAUGGUACUUGAAAUGGCAAUCAGAGGCAGAAUUGAAUUUUAGAUCCAGACAAUCAACAGAUGAGGAGGAAGAAGCGUCAUGGUCUUUUUGGUUUUUUGUCAGAGCUGCUAUAUAUGGAUUUGUUUUGUUUCACGUGGUCAAGUUUAUGAGGAGAAGACUUCCUAGUCUUCUUGGGUUUGGGCCUUUUCGAAGAGAUCCGAAUAUGCAGAAGUUGCGGCGAGUGAAGUAUUACAUUACUCAAAAAUUGAAAAAAAUAAAGCAGAGGAGAAAGGAUGGCAUUGAUCCCAUAAAGACAGCAUUUGAACAAAUGAAGAGGGUGAAGAAACCGCCAAUACCAUUGAAGAACUUUGCUAGCGUUGAGUCCAUGAAAGAGGAAAUCAAUGAAGUUGUGGCAUUUUUGCAGAAUCCAAGGGCAUUCCAAGAAAUGGGUGCACGGGCACCUCGGGGAGUUCUUAUUGUAGGUGAGAGGGGUACGGGUAAGACAUCUCUAGCAUUGGCUAUCGCAGCUGAGGCUAAGGUGCCUGUUGUUGAAAUUAAGGCCCAACAAUUGGAGGCUGGGCUGUGGGUUGGACAAAGUGCCUCCAAUGUUCGUGAAUUGUUUCAGACAGCAAGAGAUCUGGCUCCUGUGAUAAUAUUUGUUGAGGAUUUUGACCUGUUUGCUGGUGUACGUGGUACAUACAUUCAUACCAAAAAUCAAGAUCAUGAAACUUUCAUCAAUCAACUGCUCGUUGAACUUGAUGGAUUUGAGAAACAAGAUGGGGUUGUUUUGAUGGCUACUACACGAAAUCUCAAGCAAAUUGACGAGGCCUUGCAGAGGCCAGGUCGCAUGGAUAGAAUAUUUCAUCUUCAAAGACCGACACAAGCUGAGAGAGAAAAAAUGUUGUACUUGGCAGCAAAGGAAACCAUGGAUGAUCAGCUUAUAGAUUAUGUUGACUGGAAAAAGGUUGCUGAGAAGACAGCUCUUUUACGACCUAUUGAAUUAAAAAUUGUUCCAAUGGCUUUGGAAGGAAGUGCCUUCCGAAACAAAGUUCUUGACACAGAUGAAUUGAUGGGCUACUGUGGUUUCUUUGCGACUUUCAGUCCAAUGAUUUCCCCAUGGCUACGGAAGACCAAAAUUUUCAACAAGUUUAGCAAAGCGAUGGUGAAUCAUCUUGGACUGACAUUGACAAAAGAAGAUCUGCAGAAUGUUGUUGAUUUGAUGGAACCAUAUGGCCAAAUAAGCAAUGGGAUAGAGCUUUUGAGCCCUCCACUUGAUUGGACAAGGGAAACCAAAUUUCCACAUGCUGUCUGGGCAGCUGGUCGUGGUCUUACUGCUCUUUUAUUACCAAAUUUUGAUGUGGUUGAUAAUCUUUGGCUUGAACCUCUAUCAUGGCAGGGAAUUGGAUGUACAAAAAUCACAAAAGCAAGAAAUGAAAGUUCCAUCAAUGGGAAUUCAGAAUCAAGAUCAUAUCUUGAAAAGAAGCUUGUAUUUUGUUUUGGUUCUUAUAUUGCAUCUCAAAUGUUACUUCCUUUUGGGGAAGAAAACUUACUUUCUACUUCUGAGAUACAGCAGGCUCAAGAGAUAGCUACUCGAAUGGUCAUUCAGUAUGGGUGGGGACCGGAUGACAGUCCUGCAAUUUAUUACCGUAGUAAUGCGGUCACGGCAUUAAGCAUGGGAGAUGACCAUGAAUAUGUGAUGGCAGCUAAAGUUGAAAAGAUGUUCGAUUUGGCAUAUCUCAAAGCAAGAGAAAUGCUGCUGAAAAAUCGCCCAGUACUAGAAAAAAUAGUGGAAGAAUUACUUGAGUUUGAAAUCUUGACUGGGAAGGAUUUAGAAAGAAUUAUUAAAGAUAAUGGUGUAAUCAGGGAGAAAGAGCCGUUUACACUUGGUGAAGUUCAAGCUAGUGAGACAACAUCUGUCAGCUUCCUUGAAAGAGGAAAUGCACCAGGAAGUGCUCUUCUAGCAUCCUAG